CGUGUGUGCCUUAUUGUGUAUGUGUGUGUCCUCUCCCACGUACGCCUUCCCUCUCGUUGCUGGUGGACACGACAAUACACGACGCUACGUGCCCGCGCCUGCCCCUCGCCAAACCCAGUUGGUCCCUCCUGUUACAGCUCAGGGAUGGCAGGGUCACUUCCCAUUUACCGGCUCUCGAAUAUUUAGCCCAUCGGGAUCGGACCUCAGUCGGUGGCUUCCCUCCUGCUGAAACCCCACGUUGUUAUUUUCAUCCAUCACCGACCCCCAUCUAUCUAUAAUUUCCGCCAACAAAAGGCCAUUUGCUCACCCCUUGAAUCUGGUAACUUUCCACCUACCACCAAGCAAAACCCCAUUGACGACACAUUCACCCAAGUCCAGCACCUUAUGGCCUGACAGUCACAGACACCCGUACCUCUUUACCCUCCCCAUCCAUCAAGGAUACAAGCACAUCCAUAAUGUCUCCUUCAGCUGUAUGCGAAAGCAACGGCAACGGCGCCGCCCACCACAACGGCACGGACGGGGCCAGCGAUGGUAGCGCCCGGCCGCUGACGCGCGGCAUCUACGUGCCCACGGUGGCCUUCUUCAACGACGACGAGACGGUCGACCUGGACACGACGCGGGCGCACGCCACGCGCCUCGCCAAGACGGGCGUCGCCGGCAUCGUGGUGCAGGGGUCCAACGGCGAGGCCGUGCACCUGGACCGGGACGAGCGCAAGCUCAUCAGCCGCGCCACCCGUGACGCCCUCGACGCCGCCGGCCGGACGUCGGCGCCCCUCAUCGUCGGCUGCGGCGCCCAGAGCACUCGCGAGGCCAUCCAGCUCUGCCGCGACGCGGCCGAGUCGGGCGGCGACUACGUGAUCGUGCUGCCGCCGGCCUACUACGGCUCGCUGAUGACGACGGCGCACAUCGUCGCCCACUUCCGCGCCGUGGCCGACGCCUCCCCGCUGCCCGUCGUGGUCUACAACUUCCCCGGCGCGUGCGCGGGGCUCGACCUGAGCAGCGACGCGGUCCUAGCCAUGGCGGAGCACCCCAACGUCGCGGGCGUCAAGCUCACGUGCGGCAACACGGGCAAGCUGGCCCGCAUCGCGGCCGGCGCGCGGCCGGGCUUCCAGACCUUCGGCGGCAGCGUCGACUUCACGCUGCAGACGCUGGCGGUUGGGGGCCACGGCAUCAUCGGCGGCACCGCAAACGUGGCGCCGCUCGCGUGCGUGCGGCUCAUGAGGCUGUGGGACCAGGGCCGCCACGACGAGGCCCGCGCCCUGCAGGCCGUCGUGGCCAGGGGCGACUGGGUCGCCAUCCAGGGCGGCUUCGUCAGCGUAAAGGUCGCCCUGCAAAAGUACAGCGGCUACGGCGGCCCGCCCCGCCGCCCGUGCGCGCUCCCCGAGGGCGAGGCGCUCGCCAAGAUGGAGGACGGCUUCGCCGAGCUGGUGCGGUGCGAGCGGGAACUCGAGGCACAGCAGACCGGCAAGGCAUAGCGGGGCGGUACAUGUGCUCGUAUUUGGAACACUUGGUUACCUAGCAAACAAAAAAAAAACAUUCUCAAUGAUUUCCACAAGCUCUAGACCUGAAGUAUGACAUUC